GAGGUUAGUCCGCUACAUGAAUAUAAUGUUUCGUCAAUGUCAUGCGCUCUGAGCUUCGCAUAGCGAGAAAACGUAUUCGGCUCGUGCCGUUGAGUGAUUUACGCGCAUUACCACGUGAUUUUGACAGUCGAAACGAUAUUGCCCGUCCGUUGUGUACAAGUGACAGUGGCGAGCCCUAUCGAAAGUGUUUUUGAUAACGAUACGCCUGGCUUAUUUUGAAGUGAUGCUGUAACAUCAAAGAGGUGACACCAGGAUGAUUAUAAAAUCAUACUUGGCGCAAUUUCCGCCGGCUAUGGAGUAUUUUCGAUGCUGCUGUGCAGUUCUACUUUUCACCGUAGCUUGUACAGCCAGCGAUGGAUUUUAUGGACUAUCAAAAUACCAAACUGAUAUACUGGAAUAUGACUUGCUACAUGCAAUUGGUGUUCCAUUCAGCAACCAAAAAACCCAGUAUUUUGAUGAAGGCCUCGAUGGAUUCCCAGCUUAUGGUCUGAAACCUGGCUCUGACAUAAAGUCACCGUACCGCCUCUUUAUGCCUGAGAAAUUAUAUCCAGAAUUUUCGAUAACCGCCACAGUCAGACCAGCUAACAAAGACGGUGGUUUUCUUUUUUCUGUAGUUAAUCCGUUAGAAACCGUUGUGCAAUUAGGUGUGAAGCUCAUCCCUUCUGGUCCUGGACUGACAAAUAUAUCUUUACUAUACACAGAUGCAAAUAUAUACGCACUAUCUCAAACAAUUGCUUCUUUCGUUGUACCUUCUUUUGCGAAGAAAUGGUCACGAUUCGCAUUAAUGGUGACAACAGAGAACGUAACUUUGUUUUUGAAUUGCCACGAGUUCGAUACUAUGGCGGUGAAGAGAAAUCCUCUAGAACUGGUUUUCGACUCUGCUUCAACUCUGUACGUGGGUCAAGCUGGACCUUUGAUUGGCGGAGCAUUUCACGGCGCAUUUCAAGAGCUCAAGUUAUACGAGUCACCGUCACAAGCAGAGGUGCAAUGUGUCAACACCUUUAAGGAUAUCGGUAGCGGCAACGAUGACGACGAGAUUGACAUUGACAAUUUUUUGGUGGACCAGGAAGAUGGUGACGAAGGUUCAGGCCGCUACGGCACAAUACCACCUUUUCCUCCUCCGCCACCAGGAUUGGACGGGUAUCCAUUGCGACUUCGAGGCGAAAAAGGCGAACGUGGCCCGCGGGGUCCACCAGGAGAAUCGAUUAGAGGCCCCCCUGGACCCCCAGGACCUCCAGGCGUUCCUGGAUUACCUGGUAGCAUCGCUGAGUUCUCAGGCUCUGGGGAUGGAGAGAAGACUGCAGUUAAGCAAAUAUUUGGAGAGAACUACUCAUCAUUCGCUCAAUGUGGUUGCAAUUCUAGUACAAUUUUGUCACUAUUGCAAACUGCUCCUGAACUGCAAGGGCCACCAGGCCCCCCUGGAGUGAUGGGGGCCGAUGGGAGAACGGGAGAGCCCGGCAUUGCUGGUCAACCAGGUAAACAAGGUGAGCGUGGUCCGAUCGGACCUCGAGGCGAGAAGGGUGAACGUGGGGACACCGGGCCAAGAGGACCUGAAGGUCCAACAGGAUCGAAGGGAGAGGCCGGGGUAGACGGGAGACCUGGGAGCCCGGGGCCACCCGGACCACCUGGUCCCCCGGGAUCAUCUGAAUAUAACAAUUUCGACUCAAAUUGGAAACCUAGACAAAUAUACAAGGAAUCACUAGUUGGAUCAUAUGGUGGAGACUUGGGGAGAACAGGGCCACCGGGACCUAAAGGAGACAUCGGCCAACCUGGACCAAUGGGGCCGCAAGGAGAACGAGGAUUUCCAGGACAUAAAGGAGACAGAGGUCAACCUGGAUUAUCAGGACCUAAAGGAGAUCGGGGGCAUCCUGGACCGCGAGGUGAAAUCGGACCUAAAGGAGAAACGGGGAGUCCCGGAUUCGAUGGUCGACCUGGUAUACCAGGUGCUAAUGGUCGCCCUGCAGAGAAAGGUGAAAAAGGAGAACGCGGCUUACCCGGUCCACCGGGGCCACCGUUACCAUCCGGCGCAUUCAGUUCUGAUGAUCCUGAGUUCCUAACAACAGGACGAGCUGGUGUAGCGGGACCCAAGGGCGAGCCUGGUGAAAAGGGUGAAAAAGGUAGUCGAGGAAAUGACGGACUUCCAGGCUUUCCUGGUAAAGACGGAAAUCCUGGUGAACGGGGAGACAUAGGACCAUCAGGCAUGCCAGGAGAAUCAGGACCACCAGGGCCACCCGGGCUAAAAGGCGAGAGGGGAGAACGUGGCCCACCAGGACCAAUCAGUAUUACAUCCACCGGAUCAGACAUUAUCACUAUAAAGGGUGAAAAAGGAGAUCCAGGUCUUCGCGGUCGACGAGGAAGGCCGGGUCCAGCCGGGCCACGUGGCUUGCAAGGAUUACAAGGAUUACCGGGCCCGCCAGGUCGGCCGGGAGACAAGGGAGAUAUUGGAAUGCCAGGAUGGGUGGGCAAACCAGGUUCGUUUGGACCUCCAGGAGUAGCCGGUCCAGUCGGGCCGAAAGGGGAAAAAGGCGACCCAGGAGUUAAUAUCCUCGAUGUUUCUAUGUUUAAAGGCGAAAAAGGAGAACCAGGUCUCGCUGGGAUACCUGGUCAACCUGGUGUCGAAGGUCCACCCGGACCGCCUGGCCCUCCAGGAGCUGUGGUAGAACCGGUCCGGUAUAUUCCGGGACCACCAGGACCCCCCGGACCACCUGGCCCUCCAGGGGUGCCCGGUGUAUCUGUUGUAGGGCCCAAGGGAGAGCCUGGUCUGAGCUACUACGAUGAGCAUCCCGUUCAUGGGAAUACCAAAUUUUAUGGUAGACCAGUUCCAAAGAGUCGCAUAGAUGAACUCAAAGCUCGUAUGGACAUGGAUAGGGGUAGAGAUAUGGCUUUCUCAACUCCUCUGGGUUCGCACUCCAGUCAUGCUGAGGAACCGAAGAAUGACAAAACCAUUCCGGGCGCUGCUGUGUUCCAGACAACGGAGGAAAUGAUGAAGAUAUCGUCUUCCAGUCCUGUGGGAGCGUUAGCAUACGUUGUUGAGGAACAAGCAUUAUUUGUUAAAGUGAACUCUGGAUGGCAAUACGUUUUGCUGGGUUCGUUGGUAACUCAUUCUCCGCCACCUUCAGUACCAGUAGCCCCUACUCCGGCACCAGCUAAGCUACCGAUGCCGGCUGCAAGUUUAGUCCACGUUCAGCCCUUAUCCAACGUGGUAGAUAAUUCCAUAUACUACUCAGGACCAAAUAUUCGUCUCGCUGCCCUGAACGACCCGAUGCCGGGCAAUAUGCACGGCGGUGUUCGACGUGUUGACUACGCGUGUUACAGACAAGCAAGGAGAGCCGGUUUACGUGGCACUUUUAGGGCUUUUAUCUCGAACAGAAUCCAAAACCUAGACUCAAUAGUGCGGUACUCUGACAGAAAUUUACCUGUGAUGAAUACCCAAGGAGAUCUCCUAUUUAAAUCCUUUUCUGAAAUCUUCGAUGGAAAUGGCGGUCUAAUGGCCGGUACACCGAGAAUAUUCAGCUUUAAUGGGAAAAAUAUUAUGACGGACAGUCACUGGCCACAGAAAAUAAUAUGGCAUGGCGCACACGCAAGCGGCGAGCGUGCAUUCGAUGCGUUCUGUGAAGAAUGGCAGACUAAUGAACCUACCAGUCGAGGGAUGGCCUCUUCUCUUUAUUCUCAUAAACUACUCUCACAAGAGAGACAUCCUUGCAACAAUCACUUCGCAGUGCUUUGCGUUGAAGCUACUUCAAAUGCAAGCAGGCGAAGUAAAAGAGAUACAAAGAGAUACAAUUCGACCGGUCUAUUAGACGACGAAGAUUACAUGUACAACGCUGACGAAUAUCAACAAUUACUGAACGAAAUAUUUGCUCAACCCUACAGAGAGAACUAGAGCUUCUAUGGUUAGUUUUAAUGUGCAUACCAAAAUGACCCUUAAUAAAAUAUAUUAAGGACAAUGUCUCAGUGGGACGAUAGGUGUUGUUGUAUCGAAAAUUUGAGAUUAUUCAAAUCAAGUGGGUACAGCUUGGUGUUCAUGUGAGAUUCCUAUUAAAAUAAGCAUAAUGCUUAAGCAAUCGAAUGUUACUAAGACGUACUGUAUAAGUAUUUAUAGUCAAAUUUUUAGGCGCACUUUUGCUGCUAAUAGACAAUGUAAAUAAAAUUUGAAAACAAUUUUAUGCACCUAAUAUUAUUGUUUAAUGUUAAUGCAAUUAUUUUUAAUAAAUUAUGUAAAUAUCAGUCGAAUGUGUGACGUAAUAUGGCCUUUCUUAUUCUUGUUUUCACCAUUCAUCUUACAGGCUCAGAGCGACUAUUAAACAGCUCAGUUUAAUAGCCUAAUAGACUUAGUUUUAGGUUGUAAUAUAAAUACUUAACUAUAGGUUCUAUAGCUUUUUUU